AUGAGGAUCCAUUACCUCUUCUUCACCUUUCUCUUAGUACUACUGGGCCCUCUUUCAGCUCAAGGUAUAAGCAAUCCUUUUACUUGCUUCAAGAAUAGAGGUCUAUGUUGGGGAAAAUGUCGUGGAAACUGGCAACAGAUUGGUACCUGUGGCAUUCCUGGACUCAAGUGCUGCAGAAAAAGGAAAUAA